AUGGUGGAGAGGAGCCUGGAUGACGUCGGGGAACAGCUGGAGCCUCCAGCAUCAAAUCUAGAGAAUGAGGUGCUAAAAGUACAACUGAAGAAGUAUGUAGGAGCUGUCCAGAUGCUGAAAAGAGAAGGUCAAAUGGUAGAAGUUCUGCCCAACCUUUGGAACAUUGAAGGUGAAUUUACCAUUCCUGAGCAAAAGCAAGUGGAAAACAAUGAAGAACUAGCUAGUUCUUAUGAAAGAAAAUUGAUUGAGGUGGCAGAAAUGCAUGGGGAGCUUAUAGAAUUCAAUGAGAGACUUCACCGUGCUCUGAUGGCUAAAGAAGCUCUUGUGUCCCAAAUGAGACAGGAACUCAUUGAUUUGAGAGGGCCGGUCCCUGGAGAUUUGAGUCAAACAUCUGAAGACCAGAGUUUGUCAGAUUUCGAAAUAUCGAAUCGCGCUCUUAUAAAUGUUUGGAUUCCCUCAGUCUUUCUCCGUGGAAAAGCUGCUAAUGCAUUCCAUGUUUAUCAGGUAUAUAUCAGGAUAAAAGAUGAUGAAUGGAAUGUGUAUCGAAGAUAUGCAGAAUUCAGAAGCUUACAUCACAAAUUACAGAAUAAAUACCACCAAGUGAGGACUUUUAACUUCCCACCAAAAAAGGCAAUUGGAAACAAGGAUGCAAAGUUUGUAGAGGAGCGGCGCAAACAGCUACAGAAUUAUUUAAGAAAUGUUAUGAACAAAGUUAUUCAAACUGUGCCAGAAUUCACAGCCAGCCCCAAAAAAGAGACUCUUAUUCAACUGAUGCCCUUUUUUGUUGAUAUUCAGCCUGGUGGAGAACCAGUAAAUAAAGGCGGUCGCUCAAGGGUGACUACCCGCUUUCCAAAGCUAUCACGGAGCCAUCAGAGAGAGCCACGGAACCUGGAGCCUCAAAGUGGUGACCUCUGACUCCAUGACUGUGAACACCAGCACCGUGUACUUUAAACAGUCCUGUGAUUUCUUCCCAUCCUGCACUGUUGAUUAUAUAAGCUCCUUGGGAGAAUACAGGUGCUUCAAGUUAAUUCCUGAAAAGAGACGCUCAGUACCAAGGUUCAUCAUUCUGAUCAAAUAGGUCACUUCUCAAGGCAGCAGUCAUUUCCCAAAGGAAAUACAAGGGCUGCUCAGUAGAGCCUCAGCAAAUUGAUAUACAUUUCCUUUGUUUUGUAAAGCAGUACAUAUUUCCUUUGUUCUUAUCUUCUCCUCUGCUACUAUGAAUCCUUUGUUUGUUUUGUAGAAUCUCUCUCUUCUACCCUCAUAUCAUCUUUUUACGUUCCUGAGAUCUGUUGGCAUAAUGUCAGGAAAAUGCUGAGGUUUUUUUCCUCCUUGCAAGCACAACUAUGCUUAUCACUAUUCAGUCUGCACGAGACACUUCAAGCACAGUAGACUAAUGCUACUGCCCAUUAGUGUGACAGGCAAAAUCCAUGCUAAUGCGCAGUAGAAUUAAUCUACUGCACAUUAGCGUCAC